AUGCAUCUUCCGGCUCUCACUCUGGCCUUGGCUGGCACAGCACUUGCGGCGAAGAACACCACCAGGCCGUAUUCGACAUGGAUGGCUUCUUCCUUUUUGUCGAAGAGCCAGUACAUGGAUAACCACUAUGUUGCCUCGGUCAUCCAUGAGGGCAUCCAGAAGGCCGCCUCAACACAAAACGACUCCUCUCUGCUAGCGUAUGCCUCUGAGGCCGUCUCGUCGGUCGUUUCCUCCAACGGCACCAUCAAGGGUUGGAACUCGACCUUCUACUCAUUGGAUGACAUCCGGGUUGGCAACAACAUCCUUUACUUCUGGAACUCGGAAGGGCGCAAGGACGACAAGUACGUUGUUGCUGCUAAGGGUCUCCGUGAGCAGCUGGACCGAUGGCCGCGCACCCCCACAGGCGGGUUCUGGCACAGGGCCCCUGUCUAUGCGAACCAAAUGUGGUUAGAUGGCAUCUACAUGGCUGAUACCUUCUAUGCUACCUACACAUCAUACUUCGAGCCCGACAACACAACAGCGUGGAACGACAUCGAGUUGCAGUUCGACCUCAUCGAGGAGCACUGCCGAAACACAACGACCAACCUCCUGUACCACGGCUACAGCGAAGACAAGUCGACUGUAUGGGCUGACCCGGAGACCGGUGCUUCACCAUACGUCUGGGACCGUGCUCUGGGAUGGUACUUCGUUGCGCUCGUUGAGGUCCUAGAGGUCUUCCCCAAGACACACGCCGGCUACUCCAAGCUCGUUGACUACUUCGUCACACUUGCCUCCGGUAUCAAGGACGUUCAAGACACCAGCGGCGGAUGGUGGCUCCUCAUGGACCCUGAGCUUGCUGGAAAGGAAGGAAACUACAUCGAGUCGAGUGCAACCGCCAUGUUUACUUACGCAUACAUGAAGGGUGUCAGGCUCGGUUUGUUGGAGAAGUCGUACCAGGAGACGGCAUCCAAGGCGUGGGAUCUGAUGUUGGAUGACUUCAUCCAGUACGAGAAGAACGGCACCAUAAGCUUUACCGGCACGGUUACUGUGGGAAGUCUGAAGGGCGAUGCGUCUUACGAGUACUACACUGGUGUUGAGACCUUGAUCAACGAUGGCAAGGGCGCUGGUGCGUUCAUGUACGCCGCCACCGAGAUGGAGAAGGCUGGACUGGAGUAG